AUGAAAUACUUUUCCGACAUCCUGGGCUUCUCACAGGAAAAAGACUCGCCCUACGAAACAGAGGAUUGUAUUCGUUAUGAGUUCAAGCUCCUAGAUCUUCACCAUUUUGCAAAUCCAGACACUCCCGAAGCCCACGAGUCUCUUCUGAAAUCAUGGUUUUAUUACAUGCAACGGUAUAUACUAUGUACCAAAGCCCACGACCCGGUGGAUCUUCACCCUGUCGCAAAACCAGAGACCCCCAAAGCCAACCACUUGGCGGGUAUCACCAAGGAAGAUAUGAAGGAGCUUCAAGACAGCGUAAAAGCCAUCAGUAAGCUGCCACUCGAUACCCGAAACAUGGGGUUCGGAACCACGACCACUGAUAUUGCACUGAUAUUGACAUUGCUAGUGGAGAAGUGCUCCCGAAGAGAGCGCAACGGCAAGAAAAAUGUCCACCUGCGAUUCGAAACGACCGAGGGUGACGAAGUGUCCACAGUUGGCAUCCUGAAGCCGACACUUCGAUCGAAAGAAAAGAUGCGCCUGACCGAAAGAGCCUUUGACUGCAAGUUUGGCAAGGAGGUGUUGGAUAAGAUUUCGGAGAGAUUGGAAGUGAGAAAGUAUGAGGCUAGACGCCGUAAGCAAGUACGUGUUAAAGUGGCUAGUGAUACAGUCUGA